UGCAGCCAAACCCCACCACUGGAUGACGGUGGAGCGGAGGAUCUAAUCUAGCUAGUGACAAAGAUGCUGCAAAGAUUCUCCCGUUUGUCUAACCAAAACUCUUAAAAAACAAGAAUAUUUGAUAUGACAUCUAAAUCAGCACUCAGCUGGAUCCAGUAGAAGCCUCAGCCAUGUACUCUGAGUGGCGGUCUUUGCACCUGGUGGUCCAGAGUGAUCAGGGUCACUUGAGCGUCCUGCACUCCUACCCGUCCACUGUGGGCCGUGAUGUGGCCAAUGCAGUGGUUCGCCCCCUAGGGGCCAGCCUUGGUGCUCCUGUCUCUGAGUGUCUCCUCAAGACUGAUAAAGAGGUGAAGUGGACUAUGGAGGUGCUGUGUUACGGUCUGACUCUUCCUCUGGAUGGAGAUACGGUAAAGCUGUGUGUGGAUGUCUAUACAGACUGGAUUAUGGCACUGGUAUCAUCCCGAGACUCCAUACCCCAGCCCAUCAUUAAGGAGCCUAACCUUUAUGUGCAAACUAUCCUCAGACACCUUCACAACCUCUUCCUACCGAGACCUGAGCACUUCAGCCCCAUGCACUUCAGGCUGUGUCAGCAGGUGUUGUCUGCUGUGCAGAAACUGGCCCGUGACUCCUCCUCCAUGGCCAGAGAGACUUGGGAAGUGCUGCUUCUCUUCCUGCUCCGCAUCAAUGACACGCUGCUCGCCCCGCCUACUGUGGGAGGUGGGAUAGCUGAGAAGCUAGCCGAGAAGCUAAUCAGCGUGCUGUUUGAGGUCUGGUUUUUGGCCUGCACACGUUGCUUUCCCACCCCGCCAUACUGGAAGACGGCCAGGGAGAUGCUGGCCAACUGGAGACACCACCCUCCAGUGGUGGAGCAGUGGAGCAAAGUUAUCGCCGCUCUUACCUCCAGGCUGCUGCGGUUCACGUAUGGGCCAUCCUUCCCUCCUUUCAAAGUGCCAGAAGAAGAUGCCAGUCUCAUACCCGCAGAGAUGGACAGCGACUGUGUGGCACAGACCUGGUAUCGCUUCCUGCACAUGCUCAGUAACCCCGUAGACCUGAGUAACCCUGUGAUCGUGAGCUCGACUCCCAAGUUCCAGGAGCAGCUGCUGGGGGUGAGCAGCGUACCUCAGGAGGUCAUCCAGCACCCAUGCCUCAAACAGCUGCCCCAGAUCUUCUUCAGGGCCAUGAGGGGCAUCAGCUGCCUGGUGGACGCGUUUCUAGGUAUAUCCAGACCUCGGUCAGACAGUGCCCCACCCACUCCAGUUAAUAGACUUAGCAUGCCACCACCCCCAACAACCACCAACACCACGCCCCCUCGCAGACACAGACCCACAGCAGUUACCAAGACUGCCAGUAAAGCAACAACGACUGGGCAGUCUAAAGUUUCGCAUCAGCCUUCCUCCACCUCUCCCCUCUCCAGUCCAAACCAGACAAGCUCAGAGCCACGACCCCUGCCUGCUCCCACCAGGCCAAAGGUCAACAGUGUGCUAAACCUGUUUGGCCAGUGGCUGUUUGAUGCCGCACUUGUCCAUUGCAAACUCCACUCUGGCCUCAGCAGGGAAAGCAGUAUGACUGCCCUUGCAACUCAGGCUGGAGUUGAACUGAGGAGGAAAGGCUCUCAGAUGUCUACUGACACUAUGGUGUCAAACCCCAUGUUUGACGCCAACGAGUUUCCUGACAAUUACGAGUCUGGUCGAGCAGAGGCUUGUGGAACACUGUGUAGAAUCUUCUGCAGCAAGAAAACCGGGGAGGAAAUUCUACCGGUUUACUUGUCCAGGUUCUACAUGGUCCUAAUCCAGGGCCUCCAGAUCUCCGACUACAUCUGCAGGCCAGUUCUGGCCAGCAUUAUCCUCAACUCCUCAGCCCUGUUCUGCUCUGAUCUGAAAGGGAUCAACGUCGUGGUUCCGUACUUUAUAUCUGCACUGGAAAUUAUUCUUCCUGAUCGUGAAUUGACCAAAUUUAAGUCGUAUGUAAACCCCACUGAAUUAAGAAGAGCUUCUAUCAACAUACUGCUGUCUAUGCUGCCUCUCCCACACCAUUUUGGCACCAUCAAAUCUGAGGUUCUCCUGGAGGGUAAAUUUAGCAAUGAUGACAACUCUCUUCAUGACAAAGCAGUGACCUUCCUCUCACUGAAGCUGCGACUGGUGAAUAUUUUGAUUGGCGCUCUGCAAACCGAAACGGACCCGGUCAAUACCCAGAUGAUACUAGCGGCAAUGCUGAAUAUAGUACAGGAUUCUGCUCUCCUGGAGUCUAUAGGCGCCCAAGCCGAGGUGGGAAGCGUGGAUGGAGGGCAUCCUCUGGCUAAGAGCCACAGUCGCAAUAACAGCGGUAUUAGCAAUGCCAGCGCCGGCAGCUCCGAGGCCACCACCCCCGACAGUGAGAGACCCGCCCAGGCCCUGCUGCGUGACUACGCUCUCCACACAGACACAGCGGCCGGCCUGCUGAUUCGUAGCAUCCACCUGGUCACCCAGCGGCUCAACUCGCAGUGGAGGCCCGACAUGAGCAUCUCGCUGGCCGCCCUCGAGCUCCUUGCUGGCCUGGCCAAGGUGAAGGCGAUUGUGGAAUCUUCGGACCGUAAGCGGGCUGUCAGCUCGGUGUGCAGUUACAUCGUGUACCAGUGCAGCCGGCCAGCCCCUCUGCACUCCCGAGACCUGCACUCCAUGAUCGUAGCCGCCUUCCAGUGCCUGUGCGUGUGGCUCACGGAGCACCCCGACAUGCUGAACGAGAAGGACUGCCUCAUAGAGGUGUUGGAGAUUGUCGAGCUGGGUAUAUCGGGCAGCAAAUCAAAGACGGGUGAACAGGAAGUGAGGUAUAAAGGUGACAAAGAGCAUAACCCUGCCUCCAUGAGGGUCAAAGAUGCUGCAGAAGCCACGCUGUCAUGUAUAAUGCAGGUGCUGGGGGCGUUCCCAUCACCAAGUGGCCCCGCCUCCACCUGCAGUCUGCUGAACGAGGACACCCUGAUUAAAUACUCCAGACUCACAUCCACCUCUCACAGUAACUUCAGAUACUACGUCCUUGACAACUCUGUCAUCCUGGCCAUGCUGGAGCAGCCCCUGGGUAACGAGCAGAACCCAUCUCCAUCCAUUACCGUGCUGAUCCGUGGCAUGUGUGCUCGCCAUGCCUGGACCAUGCAGCUCUUCCACCAGCCUCGAGGAGCCCGAGCGAAUCAGAAGGUCUUUGUUCCUGAGAAACGGCCGGCUCCCAAGAACGAUGUCGGGAUCCGGUUUAACGUCAAGCACAGGCCGUUCCCGGAGGAGGUGGACAAGAUUCCAUUUGUGAAAGCUGACCUAAGCAUUCCAGACCUCCACGAUAUAGUAGAUAAAGAGCUGGAGCUGCAGCACGACAAGCUGCGUGGUGUGAUGGUGAAGCAGAUCGAGUACGAGACAGCCCUGGAGCACUACUCGGAGGAGCUGUGGAGGAACAAGCCCUUCCCUGACCCGCUCACUGACUGCAAGCCCCCUCCCCCCGCGCACGAGUUUCAAACUGCACGCCUCUUCCUCUCACACUUCGGCUUCCUGUCGCUAGAGGCCCUCAAGGAGCCAGGUAAUAGCCGUUUGCCUCCUCACCUCAUCGCUCUGGACUCGACUGUGCCAGGUUUCUAUGAUGACAUCGGCUACCUAGACUUGUUGCCAUGCCGACCCUGUGAUACAGUUUUCAUCUUCUACAUGAGGGCUGGGCAGAAGAGCAGCCAAGAGAUCUUGAGGAACGUGGAGUCUGCGGUGAAUGUACAGCCACACUUGGAGCUGCUGUUGUCUCUGGGCUGGCCAGUGGAUGUAGGCCAGCACCCGGGCUGGACCGGGAGCGUCUACACCAGCUGGACUAUCAACACCUCCAAUGGCACUCACACACCAGAUGAGUGUGCAGCUGUGGCAGACACGGGAGGGGGCAUGUUUAACGGAGAGAGGAAGGUUCUGUACUACGCCGACGCGCUCACCGAGAUCGCCUUUGUGGUGCCGUCGCUCAGCGACUUGUCUGCGGAGUCAUCUGAGAACAGUUUCCCCACAGUGUACUCUGAUUCCCAGAUGGAGCUGCUGCCCAGCCUACUGAAACAGCCCAACCUCACACUGGAGCUCUUCCCCAACCACUCAGACAACAUGGGGCCCUCUCAGCGGUCUCCCACAGCGAAGAGUAAGAAGAUGGCAGGCAGGAGUGUACCUCCACUCGGCCCCGAGACUAAAGUGCUGGUGGUCUGGGUGGAGCGAUACGAUGACAUUGAGAAUUUCACUGUGUCUGAGCUUAUUGAACUGAGAACCAGCACGGGUGUGGAGAGUGCGGUCAACAGUAGUGCUUCCAGGCCCAGCUCCCCGGAGAAGGACGUGCUGGUCAUCUUCAUCCACCCGCUGAAGACAGGCCUGUUCCGCAUCAAGCUCCGAGCCAUGGGCAAGUUCAGCAUGGUCAUCCCCCUGGUGGACAACAUGGUGGUCAGCAGGAGGGCUCUGGGUAGCUUCGUUCGCGCAGACGGUGAUAAUGCGUGCAGGAGGAAGCGCCUGGAAGCGACUCUUACAGCCCCCCCCAGCGUGCGACGGAAACAGAAGAUAGUCGACAUCGUUAACCGCUACCGCAACAAGCACUGGGAGCCGGAGUUCUACACAUCGCUGUACCAGGAGGUCGGAGAGUCUAGCCUCUACCCUUAAACGCGGCAUGCACACACACAAUGGGGCUUCUUCCACGUGGAGAGUUGCUAGGUUUUUUAUUGUUUUGUUUUGCUUGUUUCUUUGAGCAAGGCCCAAAUAGCCUUUUGCCAAAUGGCCCCAGCCUCUUGGCUGUCAAAGCUACUUCAUUGCCCAUGUGCUGUUUACUAGCUGGUCCAAAACAUUCACUCUGGAAUGGAUGCUUUUCUGCUAGUUCUGUACUCUAGUUCAUAUGGUAUUUUUCUUUUAUUUUUGUUAUGUUCUCUGAGACUGGAAAGGAGGAAGCAUCGAUGAAAGACAUGACCAUGUACUCUAAAACCUCUGUUUGUGAUCAACACUAAGCUUAGCGUCAGCAGUGGGGUAUAUCGACGGGUUGUCUUUGGCUGUUCUCCUUCCGACACACGCGCACACACCAGUGCCAGUCUGUGUUGAUGCAUUUUAUUUUCAAACUCAGGUGGUUUUCCCAUUCUUCAUAUGCAUCGACACGGUCACGUAAUUUAGUGCACUCCAACGAGCUGACCUCAGCGUCAUGUUCCGCCCUCUCUCUGUGUAUCUGUCCGAAUACUGAAUAUCAUUAUCCACAGACUCUGACUUCACAGAAGUCCUUCAUAAUCUCGGGACUCCACGAUGAAAGAAUGUUUGUCUCUCCCCCCCCCCCCCUCUUUUUCAUUACACGUAUUUAUGUUACGGUCAUGUGACUUUAAAGACUUUCCAAAGUGGUCAAUACUUAAAGUCAUUGCCAAACUACUGAACACUCCAUUGCCUGCAUACAUUUGAUAGUUACUGUUCCCCUCUUAGAGCUCGAGUGGUGGGACGCCCUUGUCUAGUGUUUUGGUUGCUUUAUUUCUGCUUUUUUUUCCUCCAGGUCACCAUUUCCUCCACCCAAUCUCAACUGUGAUUAAACUGGGAUCCAUCCAGAUCCAAUUUCAACUCAAGUCAUAAGGGCUAUCUCUCUUUUCUUUGUUUUAUAAGUUGCCUUGUUAGUGUAGGUGCCACUUGUUUUUUCUUUUCUUUGCAAUUUCUGCUGGAUGUCAGAAACACUGGUCUUUUUAGACAUUUAUUUUUCAUCCUUUUUGUUUGUUUGUUUUUGAUAAAACAUUUGAUCCACAGAAAUUGUCUCUCGCUUCUACUGAGAGAUAUUUGUCUCCUUCGUGUUUUGACAUAUAGCUUUUCAAACACAGGUCACUGUAGAGAGUAGUUGAAUGAAAUGACUGUUAUAAUGCGUUACUGUACCUGGUCCAUGAUGCUCAUUCAGCUUAUAUUACUCUUUUAGUUCCUCUCCUUCCCCUCCGCUUAUAAACAAGGAAAUGCCUUUAGUCAGUAAAGGACAAGGCUCAUGUUCUAAUAACACCCCUCAAGAUUUUACGGUAGCUGUAAUUCAGAUAUGACGAACAAUUAACAAAUAUUCGGAGCUUGCACACCAUGAUGAUUAUUGUGUGCAUUGAAAAAAUACAGAAUUUCUAGCUGAUGAGUUGAUGAAUCUUCCCAGUUUUAUUGUAAGAGCAAGUGUAAUGAACUGCUUCUCUCACCACCUUUCUUUGGUUGGUUAGAGAUCUUUUUUUCCCUUUUUCUGUAAAUAUUGAAGGCAUCGACUUUGUAUAAAGUUGGACUUAACAUGUAAAUAUGAGGGUGUGAAAGUUUCGCUCACUCAUCUUAUUCUAUUAGAAAAGGCACAAAAAUAUGAAAAGACAUGCGUUUGUAUUUAUGCCUAUCAUAUAUGUGUCCUAAAGAAACACAAUGGGUAUUGAUGUAACACGUAACGAAAUAAAGAUUUUAAUUAACUUCUUACCAUA